CAGAUGUCUCCAGCUUACACUUUUCUGAUAUUUUCACACGUUAACAACGUCAUCGUUAUCGUAUCGUCUGUAUUAAUUGGGUGUAAUGUUUUUAGCAAAAGUUAACUAACACUUUUUUCAGUCAGGUUGUUUUUUAAACGUCUCCAUUAGAUAUGGUGCUUAUAGCUGCAGCAGUCUGCACAAAAGCAGGGAAAACCAUUGUGUCUCGACAGUUUGUUGAAAUGACCAAAUCGCGAAUUGAAGGAUUACUGGCUGCUUUUCCUAAACUCGUACCCACAGGAACCCAGCAUACUUUCGUUGAGACGGACUCAGUUCGUUAUGUCUAUCAACCUCUUGAAAGGCUUUACAUGUUACUUAUAACAACAAGAGCUAGUAAUAUUUUGGAGGAUCUAGAAACUUUACGCUUAUUUGCCAGAGUUAUUCCAGAAUAUUGUCGAUCACUAGAGGAAAGUGAAAUAGCCGAGAAUGCAUUUUCACUCAUUUUUGCAUUUGAUGAAAUAGUAGCUCUAGGCUAUCGAGAAAGUGUGAAUUUAUCUCAGAUCCGUACAUUCGUCGAGAUGGAUUCACAUGAAGAGAAGGUUUAUCAAGCAGUAAGACAGACUCAAGAACGAGAAGCCAAAAUCAAAAUGAGAGAAAAGGCAAAAGAAUUGCAGAGGCAGAGAAUGGAAGCUAAAAAAGGUACCAAAUCAUCAUCUACUAACAGCGGAGGUUUUGGCAAUUCAGGAAGCUAUACACCUACGCCAUUCGUCGUCGAUGCUUCCAAUGUUUCUAAUGAUGUGAAACCACCUUCAUACGCAGCUCCUAUUCAAAAACCAAAAGGUAUGAAGUUAGGUGGAAAAGGCCGUGAUGUGGAAUCUUUCGUAGAUCAGCUGAAAUCUGAAGGUGAGAAUGUCAUCAUUCCAGCCAAGAACAGUAUUUCUCAACCAGGAUCCAAAGCUCCAGCCAUCAAAACCGACAUUGAUGACGUUCACUUGAGAUUAGAAGAAAAAUUAGUAGUUAGGUUGGGCCGUGAUGGAGGGGUUCAACAGUUUGAAGUGUUAGGACUUGCAACUUUACAUAUUGGCGAUGAGAGGUGGGGAAGAAUUCGUGUGCAUCUUGAAAAUCAGAAUUCUCAUGGAGUUCAGCUUCAAACACAUCCCAAUGUGGAUAAGGAACUCUUCAAAUUACGUUCUCAGAUAGGUUUGAAACAACCUUCAAAACCGUUUCCCCUUCAUACAGACGUUGGUGUACUCAAAUGGAGAUUGCAAAGUACGGAAGAGACCCUGGUACCACUUCUCAUAAAUUGUUGGCCCUCAGAAGCCGGAGAUGGAAGUUGUGAUGUUAAUAUAGAAUAUGAACUUGCCCACAGUAAUUUAGAACUUAUCGACGUCAAUAUUACCAUUCCGUUGCCAAUCGGUUGUUCCCCCGUAGUCGGGGAAUGUGACGGCACAUACUCGCACGAAUCCAGAAGAAACCAACUUGUUUGGAAUUUGCCUGUUGUCGACUUUAGCAACAAGAGCGGAUCUUUAGAGUUUAGCGCUCCGAAAGCUAUUCCUAAUGAUUUCUUUCCGCUUUCUGUGGCUUUCACGUCUAAAUCUUCAUACGCAAGUAUCAAGGUUACCGAAGUUACUCUCAUAGAUGACGAUUCUCCUGUUAAAUAUUCGGUAGAAACUGUGUUGUAUCCUGAUAAAUAUGAAAUAGUGUAACUGGUUCGGUAGUUUCACACUAUUUUGUGUAUAAAAUGUUUAACAAAUAUUUUAAUCAAUUCUGCAAUGUUUCCUUUUGUAAAAAAAAACAUGAAAUUUUGUCUUUAUUGUUAAGAAAGAUUAACUGACUUUAUUUCAGUACAGUUUGUAUUUUGUUUAAGAAUACUGCUAGAAAAAAUUGAAUUCUUGAUAUUUUGGAAAAUGUUAAUAAACGAAUUAUUUGAAAAAUUAUAUUUUAUUAACAUAAUUUGCACAGAUGGACAUUUACUUUUAUCUAUAUUAAUAUAUAAGAUAUAUUUUCUUGUAUGGCUUUAGUGGGUUCUAUCAAUUUUUUCUAGCUUUAGAAAUUUAUAGUUUUUUAGAUUAUAAAUAUAUAUAUACACUUUAGUUUCAAUAAAAUAUAAUUUUGUAAUUAUGUCGAUUGUAAAUUAUUGGUGUCUUUAUUUCAACAGUAAUCUUCAAUAUAAAUCCAGUGAACAAAAACAA